UAGCGCUGUACUUGGAAUUUGACAGCAGCUACCGUGUUUCAUUCAGUAACGCCCAUUUCCCCCCCGGAAAUUACAUUUCGCAUUCAAUCUCUUGAGACUCAAGGGUUUUUUUGACAAAACUGUUGAUUCGCGCAGGAUUUUGUCAAGUGUGUAAAGUACACUUUGGGAUGACAGAUUUUAAAGCUGAAAGGGGCCUUACAGGAAAUCCAGUUCAUCCCUCUGUUUUACAGAUGAAGACACCAGGCCUAACGAACGUGUAGCUUGACUGAAGCCCUACACACCUUUUGAGUAACUGGACUCCAGGGCUCGGGGCCUUGGUUACCACACCAGGAGCGCAGUGCCAGUUUAACCCACUCACUGUAGAGACAGUCUGCCAGAGAGCCACAAUGGACACGGCUAGCCAUAGCCUUGUCCUUCUGCAGCAGCUGAACAUGCAGCGAGAAUUUGGUUUUCUGUGUGAUUGCACAGUUGCCAUUGGAGAUGUUUACUUCAAAGCCCACAGAGCAGUGCUUGCUGCUUUUUCUAACUAUUUCAAGAUGAUAUUUAUUCACCAAACAAGUGAAUGCAUAAAAAUACAACCAACUGACAUCCAGCCCGACAUAUUCAGCUAUUUGUUGCACAUUAUGUACACGGGGAAAGGGCCAAAACAGAUUGUGGAUCAUGGUCGUUUGGAGGAAGGGAUUCGAUUUCUUCACGCCGACUACCUUUCUCACAUUGCAACAGAAAUGAAUCAAGUGUUCUCACCAGAGACUGUGCAGUCCUCAAAUUUGUAUGGCAUUCAGAUCUCAACGACACAAAAAACAGCUGUCAAACCAGGACUGGAGGUCAAAGAAGCUCCUUCCAACAACGGUGGCAACAGAGCUGCUGUCCAGGGUGACCACCCCCAGUUGCAGCUCUCUCUUGCUAUUGGGCUGGAUGAUGGCACUGCAGAGCAGCAGAGGGCCCAUCCUGCCACCCAGGCCUUGGAGGAGCACCAGAAGCCCCCAGUGUCCAUCAAGCAGGAGAGAUGUGACCCAGAAUCUGUGAUCUCCCAGAGCCACGCCUCACCCUCAUCAGAGGGGACAGGUCCCACUUUCACCGAAAGCAGUAUCAAAGUACACUUAUGCCAUUACUGUGGGGAACGUUUUGAUUCCCGAGGUAACCUAAGGCAACAUCUCCAUACCCAUGUGUCUGGAUCCCUCCCGUUUGGUGUCCCUGCUUCCAUUCUGGAAAGCAAUGACCUUGGUGAAGUGCAUCCACUUAAUGAAAAUAGUGAGGCUCUUGAAUGCCGCAGGCUCAGCUCCUUCAUUGUCAAGGAGAAUGAGCAGGAGCCUGACCACUCAAACCAGGGGGCCACAGAGCCCCUGCAGAUCAGUCAAGUGUCUUUGAUCUCCAAAGACACAGAGCCAGUAGAAUUAAACUGUAAUUUUUCUUUUUCAAGGAAAAGAAAAAUCAGCUGUUCCAUUUGUGGUCAUAAAUUUCUCCGAAAAAGCCAAUUGCUAGAACACAUGUAUACGCACAAAGGUAAAUCGUACAGAUAUAACCGAUGCCAAAGGUUUGGCAAUGCGUUGGCCCAGAGGUUUCAGCCAUAUUGUGACAGCUGGUCUGAUGUCCCCCUGAAAAGUUCUCGCUUGUCACAAGAACAGUUAGAUUCAUCUUGUGCCUUAGAGUCAGAGCUCCCACAAGAAAAUGUGGACACUAUCCUUGUGGAGUAGCAGUUUCUCCUUCACGACUUUUAUAUCCAUUCUGAAAAAGAAAAUUCACAUGCAUUUUUAUUCAUAAAUUAUUUUCCUCCUCAACUUCUUUUAACUUUUUUCCUUACCAUUGAUCCAGUUUUAAGGUUGUAUAUAUUAGGUCUUCUUAUUGUAAGAUACAUAUGGCUAUUAAAAGGUAACCUUCAAGUAGAGUUAUGAACAAUCAUAAAUCACAGUUCAGAAAUCAGAAGUCAAUGUAGGAACUAUGGAACUUUAGAGUUAAUAUUUAUAGAAUUUUUAGGUUGUAGAAUCAGUAAAACCGAGUUGAAAAUGAAGUAAAUGAAAUAUUUUUUAAAGAAUAUUCUAGACUAUCAGUUUUGGCUAAUUUUUCACAUGAAUACGCCACUAUGAAGACUAUUUAAAAAUAUUUUUGGCCAUAUAGGAAGUUAACGUUAUUUUAAUGCACAACUGUAUGUUAUAAUGUAUACAGAUUUUGUUUUAAGGCAUAGCUAUAAUAAAUCAAAAGUAGCUUUAAAAUCACUUUUUACUUAUUAGCUCUGCAGCAUCUUACAUGGCUUUUUAAAUUUUUUUUACAUUGAACAUACCUCAUUUUUAAUAAAAAAUAUUCUAGUGAAAAGAGAGGAAGGCAGAGGACUCAGACAUUAAAAUAAAGUCCUACAGAGAGAAAUAGGAAGAUACCUAGAUAGAUAAAUGUAGAGACAGAUUCAGAUAGAUCUACACUAACACCCAGUGUUGUUACCGUAAUCUAGAGCAUUCUUAUAGACCGUAAGAAUAAUUUGAGAUUUUUUUUUUAUGACCAGAGAUUUACAUCAGUGUUAAAGAGGAAAAUGAUAAAAUAUAAAUUACCUUUCUACUCUCAAUGUCCGAGGAUUUUCUCGGCUGCCCGAGUUGAUGUUAAUUUUCUAGGUAUCACUUGAAAAAGUUGUUUUUUCAAUGACACAGUUUUCAUUUUUUCCUAAUCCAUAAAACUAGCAGUGGAUACAGUCAGUGUCCUAGAACUAUGUCUGAAAUCCAUGAUAGCUUUUCCUUUGUGAAUAAACUUAGGUCCCUUUUAUAGCAGUGAAACCUAAAAAGCUAUAACCUCGGAAAAAUUAAAACUGAUGGACUAAAUGAUAGAUUCUCCUGCUUUCUGUGGCUGGGAGUAGCUGGUCAAACUUUUCCACAAAGGAUAGAUCUAAACUCUUUCUGAAACAUUUAAAUUUAAAAGAUUAGAUAAUCCAGAAUAACAAAAGAGAGAAGCUUUGAAACAGCCUCAUCUUUUGGGUAUGCUGCCCCGUUCAAAGCCUCAUAGAUAUGUUAAUAGAUCUGGUUUGUGAAGCUUAGAAAUUAAGUAUAUGCAGAAACUCUGAGCUCCUUUAUGAUGGUAUCCUUCUGAGGACAUCUCCUGACAGUGUCAGGGUUUAGUCAGAAGGGAGCUCAAAGACUAAGCUAGCUCAUUCAAAGGGCACAAAGAUUUUCUGUGGGUAAACAGUAAGGUUCUUAGGUCAGUUAUGAAAUGAUAAGUUUUUCUUGAAAGCUGAAUGAAGAAACCAGUGGGCAUUGUUUAAGGUAGUUGAGUUUCUGCCUCAGACAAACGACUAAGGCUUCCUGGGGUCAAGACUGAGAUGUGUUGCUGCUGACACAGGAUCAGUUAUACUGGGAGUGGUUAAAAACAAAUGUGUUGCUCCUUGGGGUCAGAACUUCAUUUAAUCUUUAGUCAUUCAAGCAAUUUAUUCAAAUUUACACUUCCCUCAAUGAUUCCGUCUCAUAAGAUGAACACAAAUAUUAACAUUGAUUUCAUGUAUUUUAGACUAUAUAUUCCCUAGCCGCCUUCAAGUAAAAUUUUACUUUUCUCAGGAAAACAAUUUUUCUGAUUUCUUUCUUCUCUGUUCUUACCUUCUUGCCCAGUCGUUGGUCCUUAACACAAGAAAUGUGUAGCUAAAGGGUGGAUUUAGGGUAUGUAUGAGUUGAGGAAUAGAGCAGCAGUGUAGGGCAGGGUCUAGAGAAAUUCUAAGAGUUUUGCUAUGGCUGAUUAGCCAUGGCA